AUGGUCGUUGCAAGUUUUAAACAUUUCUUUCAUGCACGUCCUUUUAUAACUGCAGCAGUUGCCAUAUGGAUCUGUGUGACGAUCUAUUUAUGUUUCAAGUUCUUCAAUCUGAGAAGUAAUAAUGAACAAGAUUUGACCUAUCAGUCCUUACUAGAAGUAAUUACUGGUUUGGAAAAACAAGUGGAUGCUCAAUAUAAAACUGGAAAUACCAUUGUUGUCCGAGGCAUACGUGGUAUGUCAUCUGAGAUUUUACGUCGUCGUGCUUUACAGUAUGUUCGUGAAGUCAAGUAUAGUCUUGUUCAACUUGAUAAUGUAAAUGAGAAAAUAAAUACAAUCAAAAACUACUCUUUAAUUAAACCAUUGAAAGAAAUAAAAGUCUCAGUGGAACAGUUAAAACGUCAUUUACAUGAAAUGUCUACACAUUUACAAGUUAAUAUUGAUGGAAUUGGACGAGUUGACGGUAUGUUGGAGUCACGAAUAAAGUAUCUGGAUAUUUUAUCAAAUGAACUUCAGAAUGAAUUAUUCAAGUUACAAAAUCCUCCAGAUUGUAAAAUGCCAAAUUCAUUGUUGCAUGGUUCACGUUACCUUGUGGAUUUGGUUGUAAUGCACAUUAUUUGA